AUAUUGAUGCGUGCGUGCAAUGAACUAAAAUGUAUUGUGAAAAUGCGAGCAGUAUACUUUAAUAAAUCAUAGUAAGUUAAUUACCAACAAAAACUAAGAAAAUUCAAAAAACAAUUAAGUAUAUUUCAAACAAUUUUUUAAAUAACUAUCAACACAUUCAUUUCUAAAAUUUCAUGCGGUCUCUUUUAUUAUCAUUACUUCAGUUUGAAAAACAUGUGAGUCUUGUUUUGAAAACCUUGAAUUCUCAUUCGCUGAUAUCCAUUCAGCCGGCUCAGAAUGAGACUACGCCAUUGGCCAUUGCGUCCGCAGUUGCUCUUCUAGUUUCCCUAAUAAAAUCCCACAGCGUGGAGUAUUCGAAUUCAUUACUAGUUACUAUAACAGAAUGAUCGGAAGUGAAAUUUCUUAUUUGAGCUUUUAUCAUUGUUUGGCUCACUCCUGUUAUACAUUUUGAAAUUGGCUUCGUCUUAUUUUUCUCACUGUCUCAAACUAUUUUUAGAAGAAGUACGGUUUUUGUUCUACUCUUAAGUGACUGAUUAUCAACAACCGAAGAACGAAUUCCAGUAAAAAAUUAACUGUGUCACUAAAUCUUUUUUUAGUUCAAUUAUUAUUUUGAAAUUAUGGCUGAAAAUAAAAAAUCUAUAGUUCCCGAUUCGGGCACGAACUUGGAAAUGACAUCAAGAAAAGCUUUACUUCAGUACCUUGUCAGAAUGGGUAGUUUCACCUCAGCGCCUAAAAUCUUAAACGAUGAUACAGCUGACAAUGACUUACUUCUGCAGAAUGUAUCGACAUGGGAGGAUUUGCACUUGCGUUGUCAAGAAGAACUUUCUUGUCUUCCUCCCAAAAUUACUCGAUCAUUCAAAAAUGUGAAAAAUUCCUCCCAAAACACUUCAGAUACUCUCAUCCGAGUUAUGCAAUGGAAUGUUUUGUCUCAAGCCCUCGCAAUCAACACUGACAAGUUUGUGGCUUGUCCUCUAGAUGCUUUAUCAUGGAGCACUCGACGAUGGCGUCUUCUUGAAGAAAUGGUUUCUUGUCAACCAGAUAUUCUCUGUUUUCAAGAAGUGGACCAUUACCAAUUUUUCAAGAGUACUCUUUCUCCUUUGGGAUUUAGGGGUGUAUUCUAUCCUAAACCUGAUUCUCCUUGUUUUUACAUUGCUGAAAACAAUGGACCUGAUGGCUGUGCCAUAUUUAUCAACGAAGACAAAUUUGAACUUUUAGAUAUGAAGACAAGAUCUUUGGAAGUUUGGGGAUACCAAUCUAACCAAGUUGCUCUCCUUUGCAAAUUAAGGAGAAAAAGUGACGACAAAGUGUUCUGGAUAGCUACAACUCAUCUGAAAGCUCGACAAGGGCCUUUGUUAGCAACGAUGCGACGUGAGCAAGGUAAAGAUCUCAUGGAUUUUAUAAAAGUUUUUAGUGGUAACAGUCCAGUCAUCUUGACCGGUGACUUCAACGCCAAUCCUGCCGAACCUGUGUAUAAAAUAGUUCUCAACGACGACAUCAAUCCUUUAGACAGUGCCUAUCGUUACCUAAACAAUAAGCGAACUGAACCAGCUUAUACUACUUGGAAAAUUCGAGAAGAUGGUGAAUAUUGUCAAACACUCGACUAUAUAUUCUUCAGUAGAAAUUCUUUUGAAGUUAGCAAUCUUCUUCAACUUCCGUCUUGUGAAGAUAUUGGUGAAGGUCGUGUGCCUUCUUAUAAAUACCCAUCGGAUCAUUUCUCAUUGGUAGCUGAUUUAGAUUUAAGCGAAACUUAAAAAAGUAAAUUAAGCCUACGUACUGUUUUUCACCAAAGAACUGAAAACGUGAAACUGGUUUUAACAUUCAGCUGGAAUCAGAUUCAAAUACUUAAGCCAUUUAGAUUCACAUGCAACCCAGCACAAUUCGAAUCUUAUUACUGUAAAACGAGACAACGUUGCUUUUUAAAAUAUUAUUACAUCAUUAUGAGUUGUUACGCGAGGUAUUUAAAUUAAUUUUUCCAAUGAAAUUGAUGUGAUUUUAUUUAACUAAAAGCAGCCUAAGACAAAAAAAUUGGCUUAAUUAUCAUUUAUUUUCAUUGUAUUUAUUACUAUACAUCAUUAUGAUCUCUGAACUGUUCGCGAAAGAGAAGCAUUCAAGCAUCGUAAUAUAUUUAGUUGAAGUGUUUCUCUAGGCUAUAGUUUGUCUAACAUGCGAUGAAUAUAUUUAUAAAAGACUCGGUGAACAUAUUUAUUUUUAUGUUAUUUAAACUUUUUAGAUUCAAGGUUCACUGUUAUUGAUAUAACGAACGAUGCUGCUAUUUGCAAGAUCUCUUAUGCUUUGUUUAUAUUUACAACGACCUAUGAAAGACUUUUACAUAUUUUAAAUGUUAAAUGAAGCUUUUUGUCAGUAAUUUUGUUGAACUGUGAUAUAAAAUGGAAAUGGUGUUAAGGUUUUUAUUGUAUUAUAUACAAAUAAAAGUAGUUUUUGAA